GCAGUCAGUCGAGCGGGCUCGACUCGAGAGCGAGGUAGGCAGCAGGCGAGCCUGGCCCGGUCCGCACGUGACAGCUCGUGUGGAGAUUGCACGGGUUGCACGGUGACACUGUGGGGAAGGCGUCUGCACACCACAGACCUUCCCGCCGCGACAAGUUAGCGGCUUGUGCUUGGAUUGUAGUCUCCGCAACAGGUCCGCGUCUCUCUGCCUGCCGCAGCGAUGGCCCUCUGCCUGCCGUCGGCCAAGCUCCUGCGCCGCCAAUUCGUGCUGCUGGUGGUGUGGAGUUUGGCCUGCUACGGUCUAUACAGGUUCACCGGCUCGGAGCGCCAGGCGCGCUCCGCGGCGCCGGGCCAGGCGUCUCCGUCCCGACAGAUCCUGCAGCAGGUCCCCGAGUCCACGACGGACGCGGUGCCACUGGAGCGCCUGCUGGAGCUAGAGCCGCUGGUGGACACCUCGCCGGCCCAGUCCGAGCGGCAGGCGCUCGAGACCGUCAAACGCACCGUGCCCAACCUGCCCAUGGACUUUUGGGCGCGCCGCGUGAUGCGCACCUCGCGCGUCAACAGCACGUGCGCGCGCCUGCCGUCGCUCUACGACAUCAAGUUCAACAACAUCUACUGGCAGGUGCUGGAGACGAGCAAUGGGACAUACAACUUUUACGGUGCGUACUACGACAACCGGCCGGCGCUGGCGAUCGGCCCGCUGGUGCGGCUGCUGGUCAUGAUCGACCGUCUGAAGCCGACGCUGCUCACGCACUGCCAGAUGUGGUUCGAUCAGCUGCCCUUCCCGAUCAUCGCGCCCGUCAUCGAGUACAAGUACGUGUGGUACGAGAAGUGGGGCAACUACGAGCAGGGCAUCCUGCAGCCGUACCUGAUGGCGUGCCAGGUGCCGCGCCAGUUCCGCCAGAUGGUGCCGCGCGCCGUCACAGUCGUGGAGCGGCCGUGCGACAAGUCCACCGUGGCGCUGAAGGUGGUCAACAACCGGCCGCUGCCCGGACAGCGCCGCCAGGACUUCGCCGUCUGCGUCAAGGGCCUGUCGUUCCCCGACCACGACCUCUCCGUCCGGCUGGUGGAGUGGCUGGAGACGCUGCGCGUGCUCGGCGCCAAGAAGGUGUUCCUGUACAAGCUGGAGGUGCACCCGAACAUCUCCAAGGUGCUGCGCUACUACCAGCGCCAGGGCCUGGUCGAGGUGACGCCGCUGACACUGGCCGGUGAGCAGCCCAACCUGUCACCCCUGCAGCGGCUCUAUCUCAGCAAGAUGAUCACCAACCGGCGCCAGAGUGAGCUGGUGCCCUACAACGACUGCUUCUACCGCAACCUCUACCGCUACGAGUACGUGGCGCUGUUGGACACGGACGAGGUGAUCAUGCCGACCGCGUUCAACAGCUGGUCGGAGCUGAUGGCGUCGGUGGUGCCGCGCGCCGACCACCAGGCGCACCUCCGCGGCAGGGAGAUCGCCUCGUACAACGCGCGCAACGUCUACUUCUUCGACGUGCAGGGCCACGAGCACACCUGGCAGCCGGACAUCCCGCGCUAUAUGCACAUGCUGCAGCACGUGCAGCGCAGCCGCAAUUACACCAAGCCGGGCCAGUACAUCAAGUGCUUCCACCGCACGGACCGGGUGGUGGCGCUGCACAACCACUUCCCGCUGGCGUGUCUGGGCGGCUGUCUGUCCUACAGCAUCAGCACCAGCGACGCACAGCUGCAGCACUACCGCGCCGACUGCGUGGGCCCGCUGCAGAAGACGUGCGAGGCCGAGUUCCGGCGCGACUCGGUGCGCGACACCUCCAUCUGGCGCUACAAGCAGACGCUGACGGCGCGCGCCACGCACACGCUGGUGCAGCUCGGCUUCCUGCCGGCCGAGUCGGAGCGGCUGACCGAGCUGCUGCUCAGCGGACGCUCCGCGGCGUCAGCGGCCAUCGUGGCGCGGUAGCGAGCCGGGAUCACCGGCAGACGGUGAUAUCGCUCAUCUCUGGUGUUCUCUAGGGAAGGUCCAGUCUGUGAUUUAUAAUGAGGACACGGUGCAUGACUCUGUAGGUGUUUGACCGGGCUGUCGAGCCGAAAUGCAGCUCGAUGUUAUUUUAUGUCAUACAUGCGGUUCCGAAGAUACCCUGCUUAAAUGAUAAUGGUGAUACACGAUUAGGUAUAAUGCGUAAGCGCCCACGAUAUUCACAGAUCAAACUGCUUUGAUGAGUUUCUGUAAAGCAUCCAUCGAGAGUAUCGUAUGCUGACUGAUGACCUAAGAAAUGAAUACCACAAACGCCGGUUGACCGGCAAGGCGGCAAGCGCUUAUGACAUGCAAGCAGAGAACUGGAUGUGACUGAGCGUAGGUGUAUGCCUACAGGUCGUAUCUGAUAUACCAUUUGAUGUUUUUGCAACUCCAUUAUGUAGGUAUAUAUAAUGGUGUACCUAUAAUGUGCAGCCGAUGUGAUAUGAUGAUGGCACAUUUGGAUGGUGAGGUACACAUUUGGUACACGACGUCUCUUUGUAUUGCUCGUGUUUUUUUUUUUGUGAAGCCUGAGUUUUGGUUGUUCGCUGCAUGUGUUGCUUGGCGACGUUUUUCGGAAUUUACCUUAUUCAAUUACAUGACGUGUUUAUUUUCUGUUUCGUAUAACAGAAGUACCAUAGAUAACAUGAAUAACAUGAUUCAUGUUAUCUAUGCAGAUACCUACACAGAGAUCAGCAUAUGAAGAUAAAAUAUCGAUGCGACUAAACCAUUUAGGUACGAUUAUUUCAACCCCGCAAACCUGCUUUGGGUGAGGAUAGACGAUGUUGAGUAUUACUAUUUUUGUACUGUUUUGUAUACAGCUCUACCGGCGUUCUCAAUGUGUUGCGAUCGGACCUACUUAUGCAGUGCGUGCCUCAGUCACUCCAAUACACAAAACCUGUAGAAAAA